AUGGCAAAUAGCGAAGACGACACGACAAAAACCGGCCGUUUGUUUGACGAUAAAGACGCAAUAUUUUACUUUUAUUACGAUUUGGUUAAGAAGCUCAUUUUAAUACGCCAAGAUGUCGAAUGUAAUUAUUUAUAUUACACAUAUUUUAAUAUUACAAUACAUCUAAAACCAAUACAAUAUAAGUAAUGUUAAUAAAUUGAAUUCACAUAUUUUAGAAAAUAAUCUUGAAGCGUUAUAAUCUCUCACGCAUCACCAUACGAAUGCCUAGUAAAAUUAUUGUAAUAUGAUGUUAUAGAUAAAUGUUCGUUGUCGAGUUGGUUAAAAGCGUUAGAGAAUAAUAAAAACAAAACGGUCCGAAACGAUUAUAUAAAACUAAUGCUUCUGGUGUUGCAAAAUGAUUUUCCAUUAUGUCCGUUUAAGGAUUAUCCACCCGAAACAAUCGAUCCUUUGGAAUACGGUGUACGUUAUUAUAAUAGAUAUUCACGGCGUUGCGUGAAAAUUGACCGUAAACCAUAUAUAUGUCACGCAUAGUAUAAAGUAGUGUUUAAAGCGUAAAAUACCUAUACCUAACCAAAUAUUCGCAGGUGUUCGAAAAAGCGAGAAAAUUAAGACAGGGGGAAGGCACGGCCACGUGUAUUGGGCCUAACGAGACCGGUGAUACAAAAGAAUCGUACCCGACAAUCAGUACCGCAGUGUCGCAAGACAAACGUCAAUACGCGGCCUAUCAGGUAAUACCGAACGUGGGUGUACAAAGCUAUUUUGCUUUUUCUGACGACCAUUUAUACAAUUGGACCAUACCGUCGGCAAUAUCCGUCCCCGUUGAAGGGCCGCACACCAGAGACAUCGACUGGGAAAGAGCGCUGGCGGGUAUACAGCUGAAACGUCCGACAAAUUCGAGUGCGGAAAAUCUAGAAAUAGACUCUAAUGUAAAAAAUGUAAAAAUCGAAAAAGAGUAAGUGACGUACUUGUAUAUAAACCAUAGACACUAUAACCAAUAGCGUUUGUAAUAUUACCUAAAAACUAAUUCAAUUUUUUCAUUGAUUUCGCAACAGUGACGAUGUUACGGUGGCACUGUCGGUUUCCGGCAGUGCAGGAUCUUCUAAAAGAAAGUAAUAAUAGCUAUUUUACGUCUCUUUUUGUUAGUGUAGCAUUAUUUUAUUUUCUUAUAAUUUACACAGAAACUAUUUUUCUAUUACUGAUUGUUUUCCUAGUCCGAACUCCUACGCGUAAUACCUGGAUAUAUAAUAUAUAUAUAUACAGAGUGUAACAGGACUAUUUAAUAAAUAUAAUAACUUUUAUUGAAUAUUUUUAAGUUUAUUUUUUCUGUAAUAAUUAAUAGAGCUCUACGCUAUAAUUUGUGUAUUCUAUGUUUAGUAAAAAAAUCUUUAUUUUUAUUUUUAGUUGUAAAAUAUUAAAAUAAUACAAUAGCUAUUCUAUAAUUAAUUUUUAGAAUAAUUGUUAGUAUUUAUUAAUAAACCAAUCAAUUAAUUUCCUCAUUAAUUUUUAAACAGUUUUUAAAAUUUGUUAAAAUUUUAAAUUUUUUCUCUUACCAAUUUGACAAUAAAUAACGAUAAACUAUAUUUGACUAACAAUAAAUGAUAAGCGUUUAUCAAACUCAAAGCUUAAAUUAAUAUGAUAAGAAUAUUAUCAAAUUGUACAAUAUUUCAUUGAAAAAUUAAAUUAACCAUAUGAAAAGCAAGCAAAUAACGGCAUAUUUCAUACAAACUUUAAAAAUUGUUUGAAAAUAAUUGACUCAAUCUUAGUAAGAGUCCUUGACACCAAAAUUUUUCGAAAAAUUCGAUUUACAAAAAGACUAUCUGGAUAAUUGUUUUACAUUUUAAGUACAAUUUUAGAUUUUGGAUUUUGAGUGUAGAGAAGAAUGUAUUGGUUUUACGAAGAUGCUUAUUUUUUUUUUACCUAUGCGUGACUUUUCUACCAGAAAUCUUGUUCCAAUUUAUAAUGGAAAUUUCACUAGGGAGGUACUUUAGAAAGGUAAUUUUUCAAUUUUCUUAGGAGUUUUUUCAUCAAAUUUGAAAAAACCGAAAAAAAACAUGGGAAAACCGUGAAUAACCUAGGAAAACUGAGAAAAUCGGUACAACAUAAAACAAAUAUGAUAAAAGAAAAUAUAUAAAGUCUGUUUAAUUAUUUAACUAAAAAAUCGCAUAUAUAUAUUGUUGACAAAGCAUCACUAUCAACUAAACUCCGCUCAAAAUCGUUUUUUCGUAAGCAACGGUUUAUAGUUUCUUACAGGCAGUGCCGAAUUAAGAAAUUUAGUGCCCUUAGGCCUUGUAUAAAUUGGCGCCCUUAUUGUAUUUAUUGUCAUUGUAAAUCGGAGUAAUAUUGCUGGUAGAAAAGUUGUUUAUAGGAAAAAAAUUAAUAAAUAAACAUCAUUGUAAAACCAAUAGCACAUUCCUUGCUCCACUCAGAAUCUAAAAUCUCUUGUAUUCUUUUUUUUAAACAUGCAUUUUACAUCGAAAAAAAUUGCAUAAAAAUAAACAAAGUACAAUAAAAAUAAGUGUUUAGUAAUUAAGAGCUAUACUAGCUACUUAGUAAUUACAUUUACAUAAAAUACUAAUUUCAAUUAACUUUUUUCCUGAGUUUCCUGGUAGCGAAUUCAGUUACUAUAUCAGAAUAAUCCAAGCUUUGAAGAAGUUAAUUUUCUAUAUUUUAUAGAAAUAAUGCAUUCAAUCAAUUUGAUGUUAUUGUAGACCUCGUAUAAUCAUAGAACAUGAUAAGAUAAAACCGAUAAAAAUAGUUAUUAACGGUAUCCAACGGAAUAUGGGCCACCGGCAGCCGCAGAUUUCAAACACAAUCUAUGGUGAUAUAACUCAACUUAAAUUCAAUGAAAUUACGAGAUUGCAUUGUUUGUUAUUAAUGGAAGAAGGAAAAUAUUUGUACCCUCUAUACAACUUAAAAUUAUGGCGCCCCUAGGCCAAGGCUUGCUUGGCCUAUUUGUUAAUCUGCCCCUGCUUACAGGUAUACAUUAAAUUAUCUAUACAGUGGCUGCGCCCGUAUUCUAUAAUUCUGGGAUGUCUCUUUUUUUAUGUUGUGUACAAAAAUUUUACCAGAAAUGCUCCGAUAUGUACGUAUGGCACUAUUUAUGAAAGGAAAUAUUUUUUUGGGUUUUUCAGCAGUUUUCCCAAUAAAAGAAAAAAGUGAGAAAAACGAGGAAUUUACGAAAAUGAUACUUUAUUAUUUUUGCAAUUUUGUUAUUUGUUGUAAUACAGUUAAAACUAGUCAAAAGGACUUGAAAUUUGAACAUUUUUGAGCUAUAUAUAGGUAUUUUAAUUUUGCAAGUUUUGCACGUUUUAUUUUAUUUCGAUAGGUAAUUUGUGGUAAGAUUGUAAGACAAAACAGAAAUACUUGAAAAUUUAACAGGAAGUCCUCUAAAAGUCGUACUUUGUAGUUAAAACAAAAAUGUUUAGUUUAAAGUAGUAUUUUUUUUAUAAAGGAAUUUUCAUAUUUUAAGGAUUUUCUCAGGAAAUUUUCCAAAUAAUUAAAAAAAUCGGGAAUAAAUAUGAAAAAACCGGGAAAAACGGGAAAAUAGAUACAAUAUUAAACAAAUAUUAUUAAAGAAAAUACAUAAUACAUAUGUUAUUAUUUAACAUAUGUAUAAAUUGUUGACAAAGCAACACUAUUAACCGAACUCCGCUCAUAAUCGUUUUUUCGUUAGCAAUGGUUAAUCGUGUUGCGUACAGAUAUAUAUUAAAUUUCUCUUCUAUUAUUACCUUCCUAACAUCUGGGACCGUGCACUGUCUGUUCGUGUGUUUUCCGCUUAACAUCUUUUUUUGCAAUUUCCGCUCAUUAUCGUAAUCUUUACCUGAUGAAAUUAUAAAAGGAUUAUUCACUCAUAAUUUAAAAUUAUAAUAUAUAAAUUGUAUAAAAUUGUCAAAUUAUUUUAAUUUUGAUUCUGAUUUCUGAACAAAUAAUAAAUGAUAGGUAUAGUUAUAAAUUAUACUUAACGUAAUUUUAUACACACCGUUUUCCAUUAUAACUAGUACAAUAUAACGAAUUUGUCAAUGGAAGGUUUGAGCUUGUAUACGUACCAGCAAAAGAAAGAAAACGUAUAUAUAUUUAAAUCAACAUAUUAACCAAAUAAAUUUAAAUUUCUAAUGACAAAAAUUAAAUUUGAUUAAAUAAUAAAAAAAAAAGUUAUGAUAAUAAAUAAAUAAUUAUGUACCCACUCGUAAUACAAUAUUUUAAUGAAUUAAAUACACGUUAAUUUAUAUUUUUAAAUUUUAAGCAGAUAGUCCACCUUAUAUAAUUUCAGCAGGUAAAGUUUACAACGGGCGGAGUGUGCACGCCACCCAACUUCCCACCUAUAAUAGUGGCUGCACCCGUCACCAUUAUCCAAGGACAAUUUUUUUAUUUUGGAUUUCUAAACAUUAAAAUUUAACUAAAACAUAUGCAAAUUAUAGUUCCAAGGUAUAAUAAUACAUAUAUAUAUUUUUUUUAACUUAAAAAUAUUCAAUAGAGAAAGAUAAUAUAUUUGUUAAAUAGUCCUGUUACACUCUGUGGAUAAAAUUCAAUAAAUUCAUAAUAUCGUUUUUAUAUCGGCUUUAUCGUAAUGUAUCUUAUCGUACGUAUAAUAUCUUUGUUUGUAAAGGAAAAUGUUUUAUUACAGACUAAGAGAAAACGACGACUCGGAACUAUGCAAAGUAAUGUUCACUGAACAACAAAUGCGAGGGGUGACUGAAGUAUUCGAAUGGAAUGACGCCAGUCUAUUGACUGGAGAAAUAAUACUUGGUGCCGAAAUGGGCUCUGACCGCAAAGUGGACGCGCAAGUCAAGACACAACCGGAACUCGACAAAGAAGUGGGCUAUUGUUAUGACAAGCUCUAUCCCGGCGAUUUUAGAAUACUAGUGGAUCCGUCUUUUCUCAGCGAUGUAAUCCGUCAGAAAACUUACGUUGAUAUGGAAACCGGCGAUAAAAGUAUUAUCGAUUGUCUUUAUUAUAAGAACCAAACCAUUGUAGUGCAGACCAUUGUUUUGACUAUAAUAUUUAUUUUUUUUUUUGUAAUUUUAGAAACGGUAAAAGAACAACAGUCCGACGAAAAAUCAAAAAAAAUACAACCUGACAAUACCACGGGAAAAAUGUGCGGUGAAUCGUGCUCAUCACCAAAGACUUGUCGUCAAAGAGCGGGACAAGAGACUACUCCAAUAAUGCCAUCACCGGACGAAGACACGCAUAGCAUUGAUGAGGGAAAAUAUGAUCUCAGACGAAAGAUUUCGGAAAUAUCGUCUGAUCUAGCUGCACUAAAUCAUUCAUACGAAUCCAGACAUUUUAAACAGUUGAAAACCCGUAGACAUGUCGAGUCGAGUGCAACGAUAACGUGUCCACAGACUAGUGCUACAGACACAUGUAGUGCGGAUGAAAUGUCGAGAAAGAAUCGGGUGGCAGAAUACGGGAACGAAUACGAAGAACGACCAUCGCAUUCGAAAUUGCAUACGGACCUGUUAGAUUUUCAACGUCAGAUCAAAAUGGCCGAAGAAUGUUGCAAAAACGUCGUCCCGAAGCAGGGAAAUAAAAAUAAUAAAUGUACAAGUUCUAAAAAUAUUGAUAACUGCGAUUCAGCUGAAACAUCGUCGGAUGCGUGA